AUGGAUAGUGAUUUAAACUUAUUUUAUAGUGAAUUAUGCUUUGAAUUUUAAAGGAGAAUUGGUAACAUUGUAUAAUUUUAGAAUAGUAAUAUAUAAUUAAUAACAUUGAUAAAAUCAUUUAUAAAGUUAAGAAAAUAAAUAGAAUUGGUUUAUACCAAUAGAAGGCCAAAAUUUUAGUAAAACCAAAUGAGAGAAGGGAUUAAAGGAAGGAUUAAUUAGAAAAGUAGAGCUAGUAAUUGAG